CGGACCCGUCUCUUUUUUUAACCCGUCUCACCGCUGCAGGAGUCCCGCCGCUGUGGUCGGUGUUGGUCGGUGUUCGAGGCGCGUAACGGACCGGAGGACCGACGGGAAGCGUCCAGGUGUGACUGCAGUGAUGUCAUCGCUCCUCCUCUUCCUCCUCCUCAUCCUCAGCCGGGCCUCGGCGCUGGAGUUUCGUUAUCACGACAACCGUGAGAUGGAGCGGUACCUCGUCCAGACCAGCGAGUCAAACCCCGACAUCACUCACCUGUACAGCAUCGGACAGUCGGUCAGAGGUCAGACGCUGUGGGUGUUGGCUCUCGGUCUCAGUCCUCGCCGUCACACCGUCGGCAUCCCCGAGUUCAAAUAUGUGGCUAACAUGCAUGGAAAUGAGGUUCUUGGCCGAGUGCUGCUGCUGCAGCUAAUCGACGACCUGGUUCGUGGUUACCGCAACAACGAAACGUGGUCAUUGCAGUUACUGAACAGCACCCGCAUCCACAUCCUGCCCACGAUGAACCCAGACGGCUUCGACGCGUCGGACAUGGACUGCUUGUACAGUCAGGGCAGGCCAAAUAAUAACGGCGUAGACCUGAACAGGAACUUCCCCGAUGCGUUCGCUGGUCUCCGGAGGAUUCAGCAGCUGGAGGAGGAGCAGAGGGAGAACGAGGUCAGAGCUGUGAUUGGCUGGUUGAGGACCGAGAGCUUCGUCCUCUCUGCCAACCUUCACGGAGGAGCGAUGGUUGCCAGUUAUCCUUAUGACAACAGCAACGGAGGCAGCGAGCUGGUGGGCGGGGCCAGCGUCACGCCCGAUGACGACGUGUUCCUUCACCUGGCCAAGGUGUACUCCCAGAGCCACGCCUCCAUGCACCGGGGGAACCUCUGCAGCGACACCAGCCCGUUCCUGGACGGAGUCACCAACGGAUACCAGUGGUAUCCUCUGUCAGGUGGGAUGCAGGACUAUAACUAUGUGUGGGCUCAGUGUUUGGAGUUGACUCUGGAAGUUUCCUGCUGCAAGUUUCCGCCAGUCCAACAACUUCCUGUUCUGUGGACCGAGAACAGGAAGUCUCUGCUGGCCUUCAUCCAGCAGGUCCACCUGGGUGUCAAAGGUCGUGUGUUCGAUGGCUCCGGAGAGCCGGUCCAGAACGCGGUGGUGGAGGUUAGAGGUCGCAGGAAUAUGUGUCCGUUCAACACCGACCGACACGGAGAAUAUUACAGACUGCUGCUGCCUGGAAACUACAGCUUCACAGUGACGUACCCGGGUCACGAGGUUUUGACGGAGACACUAACCGUCCCGCAUGGUCCCGAUCACUACUCCGCCAUGAAACACGACUUCAUGUUACGCCACAUCCCCACUACGACUGGUCGCACCUUGGCUUACCCCACCUCAGCUAACCUCACCCCUACCUGUAACUACACUUUAUACCUGGAGGCCGGCGGAGCCACCUUCAGGCCCACGUGGACGGUGCUGAGUGCGGGGCUCGGACUGGUGGCAGGGCUACGAUACCUGAUCGGCUGAAGAGGCCCGGUGUCGAACCUCAACCUGCAAGAAAACAAACAAAGAACAAAAACUGGUGGUCCUCCAGAAGUUUCAGAUGUUUUCUGCUAUUGUUCAUCGGUGGAGAUUCACUCAUCAUAUUUACUUUAAGUAAAAAUAAUUUAUUUGACUGUAAGAAAUCAUUUUAAAUGCUGGUGUGUUCAGAUGCUCGCUUAUUAUUAUCUCUACCAGAAGCAUUAUGCGAUUGGUCGCAUGUGUGCGUAUGUGACUGAGUGAGUGAGUGACCUCUGUGUCUGUCCACGGCAUAGCUCGCAUUCUGCUGCAGCAAACUGUAUAAUAUUCUGGGUGGUCAGUUAUGGCCGCAUGCUCAAGGAACUCUAGGAGUUAGAGUGAGUCACACUUUCUCAAAGCACCUUUUAUUGACUGUUUAAUAUCACCAUUGGCUGCCUGCUGAUUACUCACUCGCUACUCUUAACCAAACAAACACUGCUGAGUACCUCACGCCCACUGCUCUGCGGCUCACUUUUACUGUUUUGGCUGGAUUGUUUGAUUUACCGCUAGCUGAACUACCAACAGACUUACUGCUGAGUACCUCGCCGCCACUCAGCCUCUGUUACGCAGCUGACAGUUUGAUUUGUUUCCUUUUGGUUUUGGCAAGAUUCCAUGAUGUGCCUGAUACAACGACUUCAAGCCGGUUGGCUGCAUACAUCGCCGCUUCUUUUUGAGUUUAAAUGAUGUGUUUUUUACGACGACUUACAGCCCAUUGGUGUCUAGAUGGGGAGGAUAGCCAAUUGUGGGUUGUCUUCAUUCAAUCACAAAAUACAGCUUGAGUUGUUGCAGAAACACCUGGUGGAGAUCCGCACUCUGCUGAGGUCACCUUUCUAGUUAAUGGAGUAAUGAUUAUGAAAAUGUAUUUCAAGAAGUGAAAUGAACCACUGAAGAGCUCAACAUACUAGAACUUUGUAUUUACUGUAGACUAAGACAAGGAAGAACCCCAUAACUAAAGGAUUUAAGGGACAAGACAAAGAAAGACGUCAGGAGAUUAAUAGGGCAACUACACUGCCACUUUCCUACAUUAUGGAGACGAGUUCUCCGCAGGAAUAAACAGGUUUAAUCUGUCAGUUCUUUGUAUUUAAAUGGUUCACAGGAGGGAAAACUACUGCCUGAGGAUCUUUUGUGUCUUCCCUGCUGAAAUGUUCCAGCAUUUUAAGAGCGUAGGUAGUGAUGAGGCUCAUUAAGUAAAAUGGAGCUAGACCAUGUAAUCUUAUAUGUGAGGAGCAGCACUUUAAAAUUAGCACUUGCAGGGAGUGUUUUUAGAAAGGGUAGUAUUUAAACCAGGGGGCGUUGAAAUGAAGCGAUCCUGGUGACGCCACAUUAGGCAUCUGAACUCAAUGAGGUGCGUUUGAUUCAUCGUCAGACACGUUCAUAUGGGCGUUGAUCCGUUCUGCUUAUUUCAUGUGUGUGGUGAGGGUUAAACCAUCCCAUACCUGAGAGUCAUCACGUUUUUAAGUUUUCUUCAGUAUCUGAGCAUUCCAGUGAUAGUUGUCUGUACAUCAAUGAGAACACUGCAAACAGGAGCUGCUAAUAGUUAGUUCGGCAUUCUUUUAAUUCACUAAUUUGUCAAAAUAUUAAGAAAUAUAGGCUAAAAAUACAAAACAUUUUUAGCAUAUAUUUAACUAACUGACUCCAUGGCAACAUUUUGCUUCCUGUUGACUCCUCCAAAGCAUUAUGGGAGCUGUAGCUUCUGAACUUAGUGCAUUAUUAUCCCCCCAAAUAGAAAUAAGACAGAAUUCCAUUAAUAUAAACUUGUUUCGUGUUGAAUUAUCAAUAUAUUUUCAAAUUUCAAAGUCUCGUAUUUGUAGGUUGGGAACCACUGGUUUAGAUGGAAAAACCAGGAACACCUGAUGACUGGGAAUCAAACCUGUGACCUCCAUCUGUGAGGUGAGACUGCUGACCCCUUGCAGUAUCUGUACACAGUACUGUAUAUAUAUUUAUAUGCAGUAUAGAUGCACAGAUGUGUAUCUGGUUCAGAGCAGCUCCAAUGAUAAACAGGUGUGACGUCCGUUUAAACGGAGGUCAGUGAACUCGUCAUGCGGCCUUCUGCACACUUUAUUCUCAUUUCAAACUUUAUUUUUUGCCAAAUGUCUUCGUCAAUUUUUUCUACUUUUGUACCGCGUGAUAUUAAAUAUUGCUUCAUAACGAACUCCUCUGUGCUGUGUUGGUGACCGCCGGCUUCGGUCACACCUCCAGACCUCAUGAAUGUUUUCUACAUUUCUGUUUCAUGUUUCAUGCUUCAUGACGCUGUGGAUCCACUUCCUACUGAAUCCUACUGGACCUGAAGUAAACUGUCAGUGAACUGGUUCUCAAAGGAAACUUCACAUUAAAAGCACAAAAAAA